UGCCAAAGCCAAAACAGAAAUGAAACAGAAAUCGCCUCUUGUUUUCUCCUUCUCUUCUCUCUCUAGAAAAUUCUCUCUCUUUCUCAUUUUACUCAUCCUUUUGCUCUUUAACGCCUUUUAAGCUAUCUGUUCCUUAAUGGCAUUUCAUUUCUCUUGCUUUCCUUCAGGCUAAGCUUGAUAAUUCCUGAAUUAGAAAUAAUACCAUAAAUGUUAACACCAUAGAGGUCAAGGGUAGGCUUAUUAUCUGCUAUAAUAAACAUCAGAAACUGUUGUUCCUGCUGGUUUUAUUUUGUUUUCUAAUCUUUAUCAAAGAGAUACGAGGUGGGCAACCUGAAAUUUCUUGCAAGAAUAUGGGUUACCUCAAUUCAGUCCUGUCAUCUUCAAACCAGGUUUAUGCUGAUGAUGCGCCUGUGAGCGGUGGUGGUCUCAGUCAGAAUGGAAAAUUCAGCUAUGGAUACGCAAGCUCUCCAGGGAAAAGAUCUUCCAUGGAAGAUUUUUAUGAGACGAGAAUUGAUGGUGUUGACGGGGAGAUAGUUGGCCUGUUUGGAGUUUUUGAUGGUCAUGGAGGUGCACGUGCUGCUGAAUAUGUGAAACAAAACCUCUUCAGUAAUCUGAUCAGCCAUCCAAAGUUCAUUUCUGAUACAAAAUCAGCUAUAGCUGAUGCAUACAAUCACACAGACUCAGAAUUUCUGAAAUCAGAAAAUAAUCAGAACAGAGAUGCUGGAUCAACUGCUUCCACAGCCAUUCUUGUUGGUGAUCGUUUACUUGUUGCCAAUGUUGGAGACUCUAGAGCUGUCAUAUGCCGAGGUGGUAAUGCUAUUGCUGUUUCGAGAGAUCACAAGCCUGACCAAACUGACGAGCGGCAACGGAUUGAGGAUGCUGGAGGGUUUGUGAUGUGGGCAGGGACUUGGAGAGUUGGUGGAGUUCUUGCUGUCUCCCGAGCAUUUGGUGAUAGGCUGUUGAAGCAGUAUGUUGUUGCUGAUCCAGAAAUUCAGGAGGAAAAGAUUGAUAGCUCGCUUGAGUUUCUUAUCCUUGCAAGUGAUGGAUUAUGGGAUGUUGUCACCAAUGAGGAAGCUGUUGACAUGACCAAGCCAAUCGAUGACCCAGAGCAGGCAGCAAAGAGGUUGUUGCAGGAGGCAUACCAGAGAGGCAGUGCAGACAAUAUUACCUGUGUUGUUGUCCGCUUCUUGGCCAAUCAAGGUGCUACUUCUUGUGGUGCUGUCGGUGUUACUUCUGUGUGAGCAUGCUGUACUGUUGCUGUGCAAAGGGUUUAGUUUUGCAGCUAAUGGGAGAUAUUGGGGUAGAAUUCUGACGGGUAUAGCUAGUCAGGGAAACACAACAGUGGCAUCCUGCUCUGCUAGGAUAGAAAAGAUGGACAAACACAAUGGGCUGCUAAUGCGUAGUAUUACAUUACACAUUUCAGCCUCUAGGAGUAGAACCGUAUCCGAAUCUUAGCUUUCAGUCUUUUGGAAAAUUUGGUCUUGUUAAUCUGUAAAGAGUCUGAAGACUUACCUCUGUGUUGUAAAUGUGCUUCAAACUUCCUUUUGUUGCUUUUGUUCAAUACUUUUGUAUUUACGGCUUCCGUUCAAUUGUAGCUGGUAAUCCUUCCCUUCAA